AUGAGUCGUUUGUCUAUUUUCGGCCUGGAGACAAAGAUAGGCAUGGUAGGACCAGCACAUGCAAUGCUACCACUAAAAAUGCUUGAAAUCGGGACCAAGCUCAACGUGGAAGCCGAUCAAAGCCCGCCAUUGUCUUUGUCACAGCAUUGUGAGACCUCGACCAAGUCCAUGAGUUUGUACAUGAGCAGGUGGGAUGGUAUUGAGCGCGUUCUCAGGAAACUGGACGGCCUGGUUCCGACGAGUCGGCAACACGAUUUGACAUUUGUCGUAGCCGGGAUGAUCAGUCCGGGGCUCGUCAACGGACCUUCCUCAGACUCUCAGUCAUCCACCAAGGUUACAUGGUGCACUACCUUCAAAGAUCAUCUGACCUUGUACCUCUUGUUGACCGUUGCACUGAAUGCCUGUAUUGCCAAAGGCCAGCAGACAACGGCCGAAGACUUGCUGAACUCACCCUCAAAUUUGAAUCUCAGGAGAGACAGGGCAAACAUGUUGUUAGACUCGAAUUCAUGUAUCUUGUACCUUGUGGGAGAAACAACUCUCCCAGAGUCAGAGGUCUCCCGAACGUUGUCAGAAGGCAUCUUUCGCCGGAUGGUGGCAGCCCACAAAUCAGGAUACCUAGAUCACACACAGCAACGUACACUCUGA